UGUUUCUGAGAUGGAAACCCUAAGUGGGUAUAUUCUGGAAGACAAAGAUAUCCAGCCUUCGCUUCAUUACAAACUCCAACCAAUAAUUUCCUGUUGGUUCUGUGAGGUAUUUAUUCUAUGAGGGUGAAGCGGAAGAGGUGAGGAAAAAUGAAAGUGGAACUACAAAGAAGGUUGACAAUAAAGCAGUUACCAACAAUAUCAACAGGCCUCCCGCACCCAAGAAGUUUCUUGCAUUAGGAAGUGCUGCUCCUCAUCUGGGAAGGAAAGCAGGAGAGGGGAAAGCAGGGAAAGCAAAGGAUUCCAAGCAAGGCAAUAUCUCAUUGUUCUUCUAGAGCAUUAAUUUGAGAAGAUUGGCAGAAUGAAGUUUCGGUUUCUUCUUCCUAGCCAUCAUUCUUCAUUGGAUCUCAUUCUUUCUUUUGAUUGGAUAAUUAUAGAUCUAAUUCUUGUUUAUCUACAAUGGGAGACUGGUAGUGGUAACCCUACCAACCACUGAGGUAAGUUAUUUUCUAUGUUAUGUGUGUGCUAUAUAAACAAAAUGACAUAGUUCCCAGUAAUCCGAGUUACCUAAAUUGUAGUUAAUUUGUCUAGGAGUUCUAAAAGGUGCAUUUGGUUUCAUAUGAUUUCAUGGCAUUUGAAAUGUCUUUUAUGUGUCUUAAUUUUGAUCCGCUAAAGCUUUAGGACAUCUUAAGUAUCAAAAGAUCGAAUUGAUGUUCGUAGGAGAUUCAAUGCAGAGAGCCCAGUUUGAGUCAAUGGUUUGUUUGGUGCAAUCUGUGAUUCUUGAGGAGAAGAAAUCCUUCCGUAGAAUUCCGCCCACAAUGAUCUUUAAAGCUGAGGAGUACAAUGCAUCAAUUGAGUGCCAUUGGGCUCGCUUCAUGGUGGAUUCUGAUUCAUACAAUGCAACAUGCUAUACUAUCCUGAAAUGACUAGUGAACCUUGCUGCCAAAGCCAAACAUGGUAGGAGCUAGGAAGGACUUGAUGUAUUGGUGUUUGAGAGCUAUAUCUGGUGGAUGCACAAGCAUAACAAGCCUAGGUCAAUGCUAUGUAAGUUUCGAGUUUUCAAGCUAAGGCUUUCUAUUCUGUCCAAAUAAUUAUGGCUUUUGUGAACCUUGCUGCCAUAGCCAAACACAACAGGAGCUAGAAGGAGUUGAUGUGUUGGUGUUUGGAGCAAUGUCUGGUGGAUGUACAAGCAUAAAAAGCUUCAGAUCAAUGUUAUUUAUGGAACUCCUGGGAUUUUUCAAAAAUAAAAUGUGACAACUACUCGUCAAUUGAGAAACCUGGGCAAAUUGGAUAAGAAUCUAACAUCAGUCCUUUAUGUCCCCAACACAUGUCUGUGGUAUGUUUCACUUGCUGUUUUCUAUUAAGAAACAUCCCAAGCUCCCAAAUUAUGAAAAUGAUGAUAAUAUAGGGAGUUAUCAAGCUGUUAUAAACCAUUUUGAUGAAGUAGAAGAAGUUAAUCCUUUCUUUGUUAAUCUUCUUUUCUUUUCAAAUUUACAAGAUUUUUUUUUUUAAUGAUAUGAUUCUUAUUACUAAUCAGUGAUCAUGAAAAUGUAGAACCCUUCAAGGCUUUCACCUCUUCCUGCAGAACUAGUUGCUCUCUACUAUGGUGGUGAUGCAAAUCAUGAUAUCCCUCGUGCUACAGUCACCAGACCUAGUUUUAAGAUUGGCCACCAUUUGCCCCAAUCGUUCGUAAUGAUAUUGCAAAUGAUGUACUGAUUUAUCUACAAAAGUUUAUGUUUGUGCCUUUUAUCAUUCUGAGGAUUGGUUUCGUGCUUUUUUUAGAAUGACAUAUGGCUGCUACUCCAGCAUUCAUCAAAGGGGAAGGUUGGAAGCCAAGCGAUAAUGAGAACUGCUUUAACAAGACCCAUCCAAUCCAAGAGGCAUCAUACAAGAACUCAAGAUCAAUCAUUCCAGUUUUGAACAUUACACAAUUGUUAGAAUAUAUCAGAAAAAUGCUCAUACAUUUCUGUUUAUGAAGACCCUAAAAUUUUGUUGAUUGCAUUCAUUGGUGCUUGCCGGGACCACCCUAAGAAGAUGCUCAGUGCAUCAGUUUAUGCUCAUACAUGGAAUGAGAUUUUGUAUGCAUAAUUGUUGAACGGUUGUAAAAAUCUUCUGAACUUCAUUUUUGGAAAUUAAGAGUGUAAAAUCAAGAUACUGACACAGUGAGUUUCAUCAUUUUCUUUGCGGUAAGACAAGAUAUUUGCUAAAAUCGGACAGAGACAAUACCAGAGAAAGCAUGUUUCCUGUGAUUACUUUAGUUCAAAUUUUUUUGAGAUCAGAACAUUUAGCUCUUAAAAGUAUUUCUUUUGUCAAGUUCUUUGGGAUUCCAAACUUAUUUUUCAAGCGCAAUGUUAAUGGAACAAGCAAGAUUGUAAGAAGAUGGUACUUGUAGAGGCCUACAUGAUUAGGUUGCCAAGUAAUUGAGGUAGUCUGAAAAUUGAAAGUGAAACCACAAAGGAAGCUGACAGUAAAGCAGUGAUCAACAU